GGAAGAAAGAAGUGUAAGCAAAACCUGUAAUUAUCUGUACCUGAGGGGACCUAAUGGACGCUCACACCUGUUCACCUGUCCUAUUAACCUAACUUAUUCUAUCCACUUGUCCUAUUUAAUCCACUUGUAUCAUUUUCUUGACCUAUGCACCUGUUCUAUCCUUCUGUUCUGUUCUGUUCACCUGUCCUAUCCACCUGUCCUGUCCACCUGUUCCACCCACCUGUGCUAUUCUGUUCACCUGUCCACUCAUUCACCUUUAUGAGUAGCGGGGCCUCUUCUUCGGUGGCUCCUCAUCAUCAUCUUCUGAGCGCACUAUGAUGACGCUGUCCUCUUCCCUACACAGCCUCAGGUUCAGGCUAAAGGGGAUUGAGAACAGUUUUAAAGGAGUCGAGUCUGAGGUUAAGUGAAUCGAGUCAGAGUCAAAGGACACCGAAUCCGAAUUUAAGGGAGUCGAGUUUGCGUUUAAGGGGGACGAGUCCGAGUUAGAGGGAAUCGAAUCCGAAUUUUGAGGAUUCGAAUCCGAAUUUUGGGGAACUGAAUCCGAAGUUAAAGGAAUCGAGUCUUCAUGUGAGGGAGUCCGAUCGCCCAUCACGCCGCUGGACGAGGAAAGGAGACUGAUCCACCAGGCCACUCCAUUGGGCGGCCACUUCACUGCGUUACUCCACUGCCCCACCAGCGCCUGCACGCCCUCGGAGGAGACGUACCAGACCCGCGUAGGUCGCCACUCGGCCCAGUCGUCCCGCCUCUGGAAGAAAACCAUAUACCCCUCAUCCUCUGACCUCAUGGGCCACAUCGGGGGGGAGAUGGUCGUGGAAGAGGACGAGGGCGGUGAGGUAUUCGGGUCCUCAGAGAAAGAAGUGGACCUGGUUCUCUUUGGCAUGUUGGUUUUCAAAGGACUCGUCAAAGUGUUGUUCUGAAGACAAAGAUGGCAGUGAGGGGAGGCAACACAGUGUUCAUUGAUGCCUCGGCACUUGGGGAGCUGACGAGCCAGCUGACGUCCCAAGACCUAGAGAGUCUGGUGGGCUUCAACAUCCAGCCGGCAGACUUGGAGGCUCUGCAGGAGGCAACUGAGGGUCAUGUGGUGGACACUCCUGGAGUGCUCAUCUCUGAUGGGGUGACAGUGGGCAACAUUGUGGAGGUGGAGGGUGGAGAGAGUGGAGUGCUGGAAGAGUCUCAGCAGCUGGACUCCCAUGCUCACCACCAGCCAAUGGAAGUGGACACCCUCACUGACCAUGACCAGGUCAUUGGUGAAAUGGACAUGCUGCAGCAGGGUGGUGAGCUGAUUGGCAUGGCAGGAGAGAUGUCCACAGGCGGUGAGGCUGCCACCACCUCGGCUCUGCUGGCUUCUGUGUCUUCGGGUGACUCCUCUUCCUCCCAGAUAGUUUCAGAGACGCCACAGCUCAUAAAGAGCAGCUUGGGCCAGUUUGUAGUUCUGCAGCAGAACCAGCAGAAUAACAUCUCUAUUGGUUCUAUGGCCAACCGAAUCAUCACAUCGGGCGGCCAGGUCGUGAGCACAGUGUCGGGCCCUAGCAGCAGCAACAACAGCAAGCCGGUGGUGGUGAACACAUCUCAGCUCAGUGGGGGAGUGAGGCAGCAGAUGGUGGUCACCUCGCAGGCCCACCCAGUGUGGACGGAGCAUCAAACCAGAUUCCUCCAGGAACCAUCAUCCCACACACCACAAAGCCACAGCCUUCUCGCACAAUCAUUGAUGCAAAUGGGAUCAGACCAAGAAAACCUUGCAACUGUAAAAAGAGCCAGUGUCUUAAAUUGCCCGGAACGUGAACACACGAUGAUCCGCUUUGAGGAGGACAGUGUGGCAUUCUCUUGCCUCACAGCAGACUGCAAGCCUGGUGUCCCCGCUCGGCUCUUUUCACGACUCGCAACGAGGGAGAAAGGUCGAAGUGCGGUGGUCUCGUGGCGGAGGGCUGAAGGAGGCGGUGAAGGAGUGAAGGUGUGAAGUGUGCAGCUUCCACUUCAUCAUCCCAUGAACAGCCCACAGGAAUCUCUACCAGCACCUGGUUAUUAAACAGUGUUGUCACGCCAGGCCCAAUGUACUCCAUUGCAAUCAGGGAGUCAGGGAGUCAAGCUUCACCAGGAAAAGAGGCAGAGCGUCACCACCUUCAAGCCCCACAAGAGGUAUUAAGUAUCGUUGGGACAAAGCAAUCAGGGAAGAGUCAAGUUGCAGUAAGAAGAGUGUCAAGAAUUUCAAGCAGGAAGAACACGUAAAAUUCCCUUCAAGUCAUGGCGGGACCGACAGGCAACCUUCAACACUUGUGGAGGCACGAGAGCUGCAGGCAGUUUCACAAAGAAGAGGUUGCUCCUCACUCAAGUUGACGCAAGGACAUAAGAAUUGGCAAGUGUUGUUGCUCCCAGGCCCUGCUGCAAGAGUUCUCCAGUCCACUCCAGUCUGGGAAGGAAGAAUGUAGCAAGUCCCUCUCUUCUGUAUUCAACAACCACCACCACCACCUUCAUUCAGGCUUGGGAUAAGUUUUGUACAUUCCAGCACUUCAGUAAUAAGGAAAAAAAGUGCCAUGUUUAUAUUAUUGUUGUGUAUUUAUUCACUUAACAUUCACAUUAAAACAAUAAACAUUCAGUAUACCAUCUUGAACAUAA